AUGCCCAAUCUUGCUAACCUGCGUCACCAGCACUGCUGGGAGUGCAGACGGAGACGGGUCGUGUGUGACGGUCAACAACCCGUCUGCAACAAGUGCCGGACCGCUGGCAUCGUCUGUCCCGGGUAUGCAGACAAAAAGCCACUGCAAUGGCUAGCCCCCGGGCAGGUCAUGUCCCGGCCGAAGAAGCGGAAGGGUCAAGGGCGGUUACCAUCUCUCCGGCCGCAAGUGUCGUGUCCUAGUCCAAAGGGACAGGCUCCUCUCACGCCCCCCGAGUCCCAGAAGCGCCACCCCAACCACCCGGCAACUCCACCUAUCACUCCUACUCUCCGGCCGGAAAUGUUUGAUAUUAUUGAGGCUAUGUUGUAUUACAACACCCGGAUCUAUCCCGACCUCCAGUCUCACCAGCUCGGCCCGAGCCAGUUUGUUUUUCCGAUGUUGACGGUAGAAGACAUCCCGCUGUCCAUCCUCCACACGCUGGUUUCAGUCACCAUCAACCACCGAAUCAUGCAAAUGUCCGACUGCUGUCCCGAAAUCGACCUGGUGAAGCCCAUCUUGCCAAGAUUUUACCACCACCGUGGCAUCACCAUCCGCGCCAUUCACGAAUUACUCGACGCUGAAGAAACCCGCCGCGGUCUUGAAGCCGUCGUAAGCGUGUACGCCUUCCUCUUUGCGUUCCUCCAACAAUCCAUGACCCCAUCUUGGCGGACGCACGUGGACGGGUUCAUGACCUUGCUGGAGUUUCACGGCGGGUUUCUGGAGAUAAUAGACCGGUGUGAUCAGAUGAGGCCGAGUCUGGUAGGGCUGAUGAUGUCGGUUUAUCCCGUCCCCCUUCCCCAUACUCCUACUAACAUCACCAACAGCACCGCGGUACUAGCCAACACCACCAGCCCCCCCGACAACCAGUUUCAAGUCGCCGACACAGUCACCACCCUCCGCCUGACGGAGGAUUACUACACCGAAGUCUACUUCCCCCCCAUGUCCUGUCCAACCCCCCUCUUUAUCAAAUUAAUCCUCAUCAACGAGCUACGCGCUCGAGAGCCUUUCCACCCGAAAACAAAGCAAGCCGCCCUCGGCAUCCUCGGCCAGAUAGAGCUCUUUUCCCCAGAGGACUGGACGUCAAAUCUGGAAAAGUCAGUAUUUGCCAACAGGGAGGAGUUUCUUGUCAUUGGCCGCGUGUUUCACGCCAGCGUUGCGCUGUACUGCAUACUAUCGUUGGUGAGCACCGGGGCUUUGAAGUCAACCCGGGAAGUGGAGGUGUUGCGAGCCAAGUACGCCCAGGCUUUGUUCUCGAUAUUGGAGACGGGAAUGAGUACACCGAAGGCAAGGAAGAGGAUGACUUGGCCGUUGAUCGUAGCUGGCGUGGAGGCGGCGAGGGCUGGGGCGGACGUGCAGAAGUAUAUUGGGCGGUGUUUGGUUGAUAUGGCUCGUGACCAGGGGAUAUCACCGCCUUUGGUGGCGAAGAGAUUGCUGGAGCGGUUCUGGGUCGGGGGAGGGGAAAGGAAGUGGGAUGAUUGUUGGGAUGGGGCUUAUGCAUUUAUCAUGUGA